UAAUUUCAUUCUGUCGCAAAACUCGUUGUAGUAAUCACGUAAAAAAAAUCUGUCGAUGAAAAAUCUUGAUAAUUUGUAAAUAAUCUUCAAUUUUCUGAGUUUAUUGUAUAAUUUAAUGAUAAUUAAAGGUGUUGACUUCAUCAAUUAUAAGUAAUUGAAGAUAAAGCGAAAGGUAAGUUUUUUGUAUAAAAUUGCGAUGAGUGACGCAGCCUCGUCGAACAAUCAACUGGGAUCAAUCGGAACGGACAAUCAGUCGUCAUUGCCGUGGAUAUAUAACAAUUUUCCAAAUAGCACCAGCGACAUAAACUCAUUUAAUAAUAUGGCCGGAACAGCUGCAUUCAACACCAAUUUCAAUUAUGCCCAACAAUACGCGAACGCCUAUUACAAUCAUAUGCAUCAGUAUGCAAGCAGUCAACAGAAACAGCCACCAUUGCCAAACACACCGCCAGGAUUCGGUAACAAUUCGAUGAACGAAGCUCCUCCGUUGCCACCGCAUCCGCCGAGCAUAACAACGUCUACGUCGUCGUCGCCCGGUAGUUUGAUAGCGCGUCCACCGUUUUUUAAUCCAUUCGCGGCUAAACAGCCCAUUCGGUUCAAUUUAAAUAACAAAAAUAAACUGCAGCACAACAAUCCGUUGAAUUUAAACUCGUCGCCUGCGCAACAGCAGCAGCAACAACAACAACAACAACAGGAUCAGCAAUCACAACAACAGCAACACUACCUUUCGAAUAAUGCCAAGAAAAAGCGGAAGCGUAACAAGAACAAAGCCAAUCAAGCGAACAACAACAGCGGCAUCAAUAACAAUUCCAAUACCAUACCGAAUUACCUUGAUAUGAGCAUCCCUCCGCCCAUCCUACUCACAAAUCCAAUCACAAGUCCCGACUUAACCAAACCUCCACCAACACUUUCCACACAUUUUAUAGGUCUACCUGCUCAGAGUCCGGAUAUUGCACCCGCAGCACAAUCAUCUCAAUCCACUUCAGCUAAAAAACCCGAUCCAUUCAAUCAUCCGACCGAUGCCUUCCCGGAAAGUUUGAAUGUUUAUGUGGCGCGUUGUUAUGCAAAAUGUAAAACCGAUUUCGAUAAAGAUCAAAUUGACAUCUGUUUGAAAGGUCGUAUAACGGCCGCAGCGAACCGUGGCGAACUCUGGACGAAAGAUUGGGAUUCGGAACCGAUACCGAGUGUACACAGCGAACGAAACAAUGUGUUGGUGCCGAAGCCACCCGUUGUCGGAAUGCUAGCACAGUAUCAGAAGAAGAAAGGUCUUUCGCAAACUUUAGGCGCUCGUCUCGGCGGUCGAUCGUCGAAAAUUAAUCGCGAUAUGAGUAGUCGGUCCCAAUCGCGGUCACCACCAUCACGCAAACGUUCGAGUCGCUCACAUAGCAGUGAUUCAGAUAGUCCGCCUAGGAAAAGUCGUCGCAGCUCCAAUUCGAGUAGUGAUGACAAUUACAAAAGUCUUAGGAUCAAAACGCCAAACAAAUUUACUGAUCGAAUGGGUGUGGCGGGGCUUAACAAGAAGCAAAAGAAGAAGAAAAACAAGAAAGGUCCAUUCGUUGUGGGUGGCGAGGUUGACGGUGAUAGUGAACGGUUACAGCAACGUGCUGCUCGUUUCAAGGAAUCAGCGAAACGACCGAAUUCGGUUGUGACCGCUGCCAAUAUGGGCAAACGGAAGAAAUUCAACCCAGUGCCGCAACAUAGAUUAUUCGUCGAUGAUGCCGAUGCCGGUUUUGAUCUGAUUGAUUUCCACAUUGUCGGCACAUGUAGGGAUAUGGAAAAGUCGUUUUUGCGUUUGACUAAGGCUCCGCUACCAUCAGAAGUUCGGCCGGCAGAUGUGUUGGUGUUUUCAUUGGCUAACGUUAUGAAACGGUGGAAAGAGAAGCCGGACUACUUCUAUGCGUGCGAUCAAUUAAAGUCGAUUCGCCAAGAUUUGACGGUUCAGGGUAUCAGGGAUUUAUUCACAGUUAAAGUUUACGAAACGCAUGCGCGAAUCGCUAUGGAAAAGGGAGACCACGAAGAGUUCAAUCAGUGCCAGACUCAAUUGAUAAUGCUCUACGCUGAUGUGGGAGGGGAAAAUAGACAGGAAUUUAUCGCUUAUCGUAUCCUGUACUAUAUCUUCACUAAAAAUACUCUUGAUUUAACAACAAUAAUGAAAGAACUCGAUGAGGCUGACCGUGACAAUAAUGCCGUUGCUUUUGCGUUGCAGUUACGUUCGGCAUGGGCGUUGGCCAAUUACAGUAGAUUUUUCAAAUUGUAUAAAACUGCACCGCUGAUGGCUGGCGCAUUGAUCGAUUGGUUUAUUGAUCGCGAACGUAAAGCAGCACUCAAGACGAUAAUCAAGGGCUACCGACCGAGCUAUCCGGUGGACCUGCUGUGUAAAACAUUGGCAUUCGAAUCGACGGCGCAAUGUGAUGAAUGGAUGGUGCCAUUCAAUUUAACGUUUUCGAGUCCACAAAAAACGGUCAUCGAUUGUAAGAAUUCGGUGUCGGCAUUGGUCAACUUUUAAAUGUAUGCCGGAAUAGGGAUACCUGGGGAAUGAUCAAGUAGAAAAGUUUAGUUUUUUUGUUUCAUGAAUCUGAGCAAGACAAUGAGAGAAAGACUCAAGUGCUAAAAGUGGAAAAAUUGCUAGAGACAAUUUUGUUAGAGAAAAUAAUGACUCUGUGAUGUGUGUGUAGUGUAUGCGGCUAGGGAUUGUAGAGAUCUCGUUUAAUUUCUUACUUUUUUUACAUUUUUUUUUGUUCAUCUCCUUUAUUGAGUCGACAAUAGUUCAUACACUGUUCACACACAUGCCCAUACGAAUAUCGACGACACGACUACUGCGCGUCUUUUGUAAAUACCGAAGUAUCGAAUUAAAACCGCACCGGAUCACAUCAAUUUAUGCGAUCGGUUCAUGGGAUUGGACAGGAGAAGAAAUCCAGCCGAUUCCGAAAAUCGGACAUCGUUACGACUAUGGUGCAAAACACACCGUUAGGGGAACCGUCACUGACAUCAAAACGUUGACAAUUGACUUGUCGAUGCACAUGAUCAUGGAGAGUCCUCAGAUCGAAGAAAUGAACAAAAUCGCUACGACGACUGGCUUACUGUCCGUAUGUACGGAAAACGAAUCACAAAGAGUAUCCAAUAGAGAAAGAAACGGAUCAAGGAGCCAUGUUUCAACGAAUUGUUUUUUUUUGGUUGUUGUUGCUGCCGCUGUUGUAUUAAGUGUUUAUUGGCAAUGGAUGGACAUUCAAGACGAACUUUCAUGUGUGAACAAUUAGGAUGUGUGCUGAGCUGCAAUAUAUUCAUGAUUUACAUCACAUUGACGAGUUUGUUAAAUAUCGUUGUCGGGUAGUAUGUGGCCAAGUGAUUGAGAGGGAGAGAGAGAGAGAGAGAGAAACGAUUAAAAAUAAUAAUUGGCAAAUGAUGAUCGGCAUGAAUGUUUCGAAUUAAUCGGAUUUUAUUUUAUCGUCAAAACGAAUUCUUUUACGUUUUCUAUCAUUCUUUGUUAGUUCAAAAAAAAAAAUUUGUCUCCUUUAAUUUCUGAUUUUUAUUUUUAAUUUGAUCUAAAAACUAACUGCGAUCAGAUAAAAUGAUAAAUUAAAACUCAGUGAUUUGACGGUGUGAUAAAAAAAAUUAAAUAAUUUGCUAAACAACAAAAAGUGGUUUCCGCCGCCCCAACUAAAUUUGAAGGAAUGAAAAAAGAUAGACAUUUUUACGAUUCCGUCGAUGAUCUUCUUACAGUUCCCUCUUAAAUGUUUUAAAUAAACCAAAAAUUUAAUUCUUUUUAAAAGCUCCGAUUUUCAGGUCUAAUAAUUUUUGCAAUUAUAAGUGGGAGCGCGUUCACAACAUCGCUACCUCCUACAACAAGUAUAACAAAAACAACGAAAUGCUAUCGGAACAUAUCCGGUGAUCGUCGAACACAUUUUUUUUAAUUUACUUUUUUCCAUCCCAAUCCAAGUCUCCACAUUGAAAUAUGAAUCCUUGUCACAUUUCCAUUCUGAUGCCAUACGAUCGUCGAAUCCCAUGUCCAGUUGCACUUAAAAUCCUUUUAUAUAUUUAAAUGUAAAUAGUCUCACCAACAUGUUGCUAAUAUUGUGUUCAACAAUUUGAUUACGUUGGAACAUCCAGUUUGCGGAAGUUGUAAAAUAUUUAACAAGAAAAAUAUGCAAAUAAAGACAACAAAACGUUACAUAAAACUCCAAA